GGUUUGGCUGCCGCAGCUGCCGCCCCUCCCGCCUUAGAGCCAGGCAGACCCGGCGGGGACCCGGCGCGGCCCGAGCCAAGCGGGAGGCAGCGCGAGCCCCACGGGGAGCUGGCCCGGGAGCGGGCGCCGUGGCCGAGGGCUCCCGCGAAGCGCCCCCCCAGCUCAUUCAGUGAAGCCGCAGCAGCGCCUGGAAGCCGGGGCUCGGCAGCGGCCCGGCCAAGCCGCAGAGCGGGCGCAGAGAGAAGCCUCCCCGCCCCCGGGUGGGCGCCGCUGCCCUGCGAGCAGCCAGAGUGUUUCUGUAGGUCUUGGACCUAAUGAGGCAUUUUGACAACAAAGUGGGGAAAAGCCCCUCCUGAAGCCCAAGCUCAGCGAUGCCCUGGAACGUCAAAUGGCUGAACAGUUACAGCAGCCACAAUUCCCAGUCCCAAAAGCAAUGUAAGAAAUCCUCCUUCGCCUUUUACCAGGCAGUGAGGGACUUGGUGCCUGUGUGGCUUCUGGAGGACAUAAGGACAAUGGAGGCCUUUCACUGGGAAGAAGGAGGAAAGGUGAGCACCUAUUCUCCCUCUGAGGCUCUUCUCUAUGCCCUGGUGCACAACCACCAACCUUACGCUCAGUACCUACUGAGUAAAUUUCCUCAGAGCGCCCUGGCCAUACCCAGCCAAAACUUCAGCUGCUGCCAGUCAUCAGCUCCUCACCUGGCCAUGGCAGUUCGCUACAACCGCACCCACAUCCUCUUCAGAAUACUGAAAGCCAUCAGAGGCUUUCCAGAGAAAGAGAGAGCCAGCUACUUGGACCGCAGGGGAUGCAGUCGCGUGGAAGGCAGCAAAACUGUCUUGCACGUGGCCUGUGAACUGUUGAGACCUGAAUGUUUGCUUUUAUUGCUGGGUCAUGGGGCAUCGCCCUGCUUACGUGAUUGCACUGGGAAUACCCCCUUGGACAUCUUGCUCCAGCAGAUUUCUCAGACCCCUGCGGUUAACAUGCGCACCAAGUUCCUCUUGCUGGACUCCCUUUUCCUCUUCAUGCCUCAGGAACUCCAAUUUUCAAUGAAACAGCAACUGCUGGACAAUCCUCAACACUGGGAGGACCUUUUGGGAGAGAACAGAUUCCAGUGGCUGGCAGGUUUAGCUCCUACAUCUCUGUUCAUCACAGCUAUGCGUGUCUUAAUCAGGAGCAUUUCACCUGAACAAUUCCCAGAGGCACUGGAAAAUCUGCCUUUGCCACAGUUUCUGAAGCCUUUAGACUUGAAAUUGAAGAGCUAGGGGAUGUGCCCAAGAACCUCCAGCUUGUGUGGUUUCAGUAUAAAGAGCUGUUAAUGCAGAAGUGGGGCAAUUCUCUUGUUUUAAUUAGUACAUGUUUUUAAAAGGAUUGUAUCUGGCACUUUACAUAUCUUUUUAUUUAAAGAUCAUUGUGGUGAGUAAUUUUCACACCACUUUUUAUAAAAGUAUUCUAUGGUAUGUGUAACUUAGGAUUCAUGGGUAUAUAUAUCUGUAAAUAGGUAUAAAUAGACCAGUGGCAGAUAUGACUGAAAUAGAAAUCUAGCAAUUUUAAGCUCUGAAGUGACACAUCCAUGUGAGAGUGGUAGAGAUAGGCCCUUUGGUUUUGUCCUAUCUUUCAUUUAACCAUGGCACAAUUCUGGAACAAAAUAAUUUAUUUUUACAAGUAUCAUAGUUGUCAUGGAAGAAUAUAGACACAUUAAGGAACAGGUGAAAAAUUCUUGAUCUUAUACAAAAACCAAGGUAUUUUUAAAAUAAUCUAAUUAAAUUAGGAUGGCAGGAAUAUACAUCUGAACAAAAAUGGCCAUUUGUAUGAAAACUGGAUUAUUUUCCCAUAAUGUUCUGUGUUCCCUUUGUCCUUCAGUGAAAUCCGAGGGGCCUAGUUGUCAUUUCUUCUUUUUACUGUGGAGGGAAUGGAAGGAGCAGAAAACAUGCUCUCUUUGGCCAAGUUUCGGUUAGAGGGAGGAAGGGGGUAAUACAUCAUGGUUCCAUCCUCUGUCAGUCCUGCAGAAGCCCCUUCACAUGAACACUCUGUUUGAAGUGCUAUCAUCUUUGGGGAGUGACUAGGAAAAGAAGGAGCAGAGCUGGGCAGAGCCAUUCUCCUUACUAUUGUCCUCCUGCAAACCCACAGGGACUUUUUUGUGCAAACUGAUGUCUGUAUUCUGUCAUGUGGAUUCUUUGUUGUCAUUCCCCAUCCCUACCCCAAACAUGUUGACAUAGGUUGUUGAAAAGCCUAUGGCAUCCUUAGUCCCUGUGAGUAUUUAGGGGGUAGCUUGGAUGCACUGGACCUCCACCUGAAUAUCUUGACCCUGAGUGGAUGACCAGAGAUCCAUGAAAUAUUCCCAGAGAUUCUCCAGACAUCUCUGCACUGGGAGGGCUAUGCCCUCGUCUGCUCUGCAAGGAGCAAACCUUGCCUUCCCCCACCAGUCAUUGUAAUCUUCAUGGCUUCCACAGAGUUUUCCACCUACCUUUAGCCCUACAGGACAUUAGCUGAGCUGUCGGGUUGUUUUGCACUAAGACUCUUGCCAUGGAGUCAGUUAUUGCAUUAGAGAUUUCAGCCUCCUAGCUCCCUACAGGGUGAGCACGGAGCAGAAGUGAAAAGCCUGAGUUUGAAACAUAAAUCCCUUUGAUCACGAACAAGUUUGGUGGGAAAAACUAUGAAAAACACAGAGCAAGCAACUGUAAAUUGUUCACAGUUCAGCUGAAUAGAUUCUAGAGAGUUUAUCCAGUGUGGAACUCUCCUCUUUUUAAAAACAUACAGUUCUACUGGAUAUAUGAUAAAAUAGGAAAUAUUAGAGGGUUGGUACGCUUCAGAAAUUUGAGAUACAAGAGAGGGAAAAAAUAGCUUGUUUUAUGCUGAGGUAAUGCCUUCCAGAAAAAAAACCAAGAGGGUGAUUGCUCAAGCUAAUUAACACAGGAAAUGCAGAUCCCUUGCUGGAAGGGGGGGGUCUUGAAAUAACCAAAAUAUGCAAUCUUUGAUCCUUGAGACCCGCCCCUUCCCCCAUUGCCUCAGGGAUAACAAAAUACAGCCCUGUAGUAGAAUUCACUGAACUGCUCAAAACCAAGAAUGCCUCUCACAGCAGUAUAAAAACCUAUAUUACUGGAUUCUUCAUGCAACUAUAUCUUUCCCAUUAUUCCAGGAGCACUACUGUAUAAGUUUAUUGCAUAAAUAAACUAGAAGAUAAAGCAAUCAGUUUUAACUGUGCUGACACCAAUCCUUUGCUGCCCACUCCAUGCACACACAAAAAACUAGCCUUCAUAACCAUGUAUCAUAGGGAUAAUAUACCAUGGGCUGGGGAAAUAUAGGGUUUUGAAAGGAUGCUUGGAAGUAAAGAACUAAUUAUUUUAGCACGUUUUCUAUUCCACCCAAAGGUGUUUACUGAUGUGAGACAGCAGAAUUUGAGUGGUUUGUGCUCUCAGCAGAGCCUGUACAUGCAGGCAACAGCCUCAUUCUGCAGGGUUAUUGUAUUAAAAAAACUAGACUAUUUUAUUCUCUUUCCUCUCACAUCUGCUUUUCCUGCUCCCCCAGCCCUCUCAAAUGGUGCAGUUGCCACUUUCCACAGCAAUUACUCACUGCAAUGCUAGCAUAAAACUUUUACUCACCUCCCUCAGCAAGAAGAGAGGGUGUAUUAUGCAGAACAUUACACAUUCCUAUUGCUCCUUCCCUAGUGAAAACAAAAGAAAAGGUUAACAUGAAUAUAUUGUAUCAUGAUCAUUUCCCAGACUCCUGUAACCGUGCCUUAGUGGGUCACAACUGAGAAUACCAAAUUCAGGACAAACUGCUGAGAAAUAGGGCAGACACACCCCAAAACUGGUGGUUAUUCUCCCAUAAGAUAUACCAAACCAGCAACAAAAGUAAACGUUCACCACUCUGGCUAACAAGGAGUCAGACAAAUAGUGGAUUGGAUCUGUUCUUGCAGCAUAAUUCCUGCAUGUCCUAUGUGAUCUUGCCAUGAAGCUCUGGCAAAUGUUUGGAACCCAAUUAACGUCAAGUCAAUGUAGAUAUUAAUGUUCUCCAUAGUGUAGGUACCUUGGCAUUUAGCCAUGAAAACAAUAUGGUGGUGUACCUCGGUUUCCCCUCUCAUACAGCAUAUUAGGUGUGUAAUGUUUUUUUUCCUGUGUACAGUUUCAAGACUGGUUACAGGCAGUAACUGUGAAACAUCAGUAUUACAAGGUCUUUUAACAUAAAGUGUGUUGUCAUGUAAUGAAACAGUAUAACCAUAAAGGCUUCUAGCACAUA